UCGCACAUUCAAGAUAAUUUUUGUUCUUCCUUAUUUCCUUUUCUAAGUCCGUUUUGUAGGUAUUGUCACUUCAUUUUAACGUUGUCUGUUGAUAUAUAGUCCACCAAGGCAUGUCUUAGGAGGAUAGAAUGCCCGGCAGCUAUUAGAAAAGGAUACAGUGUUAGUUCAUCGGUACCUGGCCUUUUGUCAAAAUGGUUCUGCCAGCAAUUAGUGACCAGACAGGCUACCAUUGCCCACUUUGUCAGGUUACAUGUGAUUCCAGCAGAGCAUUUGAAGAGCACAAAGCAACAGCUCGACAUCGAGUUUGUUGGCUCAAGCAUUGGUACCAGAAUAACAGACUCCUGUUGGCAAAAAAUAAAAAUGGAAUUGUAAUUUGGCCUCAGAACAACAUUGAUAAUGUCAGAUUUGAGGAAAGAAGUGGAACAGUUGCCGUCACACUGAGCCCAGAAUCUCAGAAGACAUUCCCCUUGAUUGUGAAGAACACAGGAAGUUGCCCAGCCAUUCUCCGGCAGAUCGAGUUGCUGCAUGCCUGUCAGUUUGUGUCCAUUACUGACUCCCAUGGGGUAUCAAAAGGAGAGAGAUAUGUCCGAGUGCUUCCAGAUGUUGAGUAUGCUAUUGAGUGCCAUACACAGGCAGACAAUUUGGGUGUCAGUCAAGUACCUGUUGCUUUCCAAUUCAAACUGGAAGAUUCUUCACAGCCCUUUUUUAUUAUUAGGACAAUACAAGUGAACGUAGAGGACAGUAUAGCCCAAGAAUCGGGGCCCACAAGGCCAUAUGAGAGACAAAGGCCAGGACACACGUUCCGCAGAAUACCUGGAUCUUACAUCCCAGGGAUCCCCAUUGAUACAGAGAGGAACAACAAGCCAAAGCGACUUCCCCUGAAGCAGUUCACUUAUGAUGCUGAGCUCUACAAUAUUGCUGUCAAGAACUUUAAUCCCAAGAAAGUUGCACCACAACUUCAAAAAAAGACAAAGCAGAUGCAAGCAAUGCUGAAGGAUGGUCUGAAUGAAAAUAACUAUGUGAAAUGGUUUCAAACAUUGCUUUGGCUUGAAGAAAUGCAGAUGGAAAUAGACAUUGGUUUCUACAACAUGCCUGAGGCACCUUUGACAAGAGUGUCACGACAGCAGUACUCAAAAGCUGACUGUGUAGAGCUUGAGGUACCAGGAUUAGCUGAAAACCGUCCAUCAGUCUUGCGUGGAGAUAAUGUCUUUGUCAAGCUGCCAGGACAAAGGGCAGUCUAUGAAGGUUGUGUUCACCAGGUCCUUGAGAGGUCCAUCUACUUAGCGUUUAAUCCAGAAUUUAUGCGCACCUUUGUUGACAGGAUGAAAGUCAAUGUGGAAUUCACCUUCAGCCGCUAUCCGCUGAGAGUGUGCCAUAGAGCAAUAACUCUGACACAGUCACUGUCUCUCAGAAACUUGACCUUCCCCAGAAACACAGCCUCAAGCGCAGCUUCCAUCCAAAAUAUUUUGCCAUUUAACCGCAAACUGGAAUCCAAUGCAGAGCAAAUGGAAGCUGUACGUAACAUUGUCGCAGGGACCUCAAAGCCUGCCCCAUACAUUGUGUUUGGUCCCCCUGGCACAGGGAAGACUGUUACCAUUGUUGAGGCUAUCAAGCAGAUUUACAAGUUGCAACCCAGUAGCCGCAUAGUGGCGUGUGCACCAUCAAAUUCUGCAUCAGAUAUUAUUGCUAUACGUCUCCUGGAACACAUCUCAAAACAGCACAUGUUGCGUAUGCAUGCAGAAUCACGGAUGAUAUCAACCAUUCCGGAAAAAUUACGGGACAUGUCCAAUAUCCAAGAUGGCAAUAUUUACACCCCAUCGGAUGAGAAACUCAUGGCGUACAAGAUCAUAGUUUGCACAUUGGUGACAGCUGGGAAGAUAGCAGGAGCUUCCCUCCCUCAAGGUCACAUAACUCAUGUGUUUCUAGAUGAGUGUGGCCAUGCCAUGGAGCCUGAAGCCAUGUCCGCACUGGCAGGAAUUGUAGAGAAGGAUGCUCAGGUGGUGUUGACUGGGGACCCUCACCAGUUGGGUCCUGUGAUUAGGAACACCCAGUGCUUCACAGGCGAUGAUAGUCUCUUCCACAGGAAUGGCCUAGAUAAGUCCUAUCUGGAAAGGUUGAUGGAGAUGCCCAUGUACAGGGAUAGUACAGGCCAUUACAACAGGCAGGUUGUGACUAAAUUGCUCAACAACUACCGUUCACAUGCUUCCAUUCUCAAGGAACCUAAUGAGAUGUUCUAUGACUCAGAACUUAAGGUUUGUGCAGAUCCAGUGUAUGUUACAGCUUUCUGUAACUGGGAGUACUUGCCCAAGAAGAACUUCCCAAUCAUCUUUCACGGCGUAAAAGGAAAAGAUGAACGAGAAGGAAAUUCACCGAGUUUCUUCAACGCACUUGAGGUUUCUUUCGUGAUCGAUUAUGUAAAGAAGCUUUUGUCGUCUCGAAAUCCAAAGGUUCUCGGCAGAGAAAUAGGGAUAAUAACACCAUACCGACGGCAAGUUGAAAAGAUCAGGACACAGUUGAGGAAGGUGAAUGGUGCAAGGGAAACCAAAGUCGGUUCCCCAGAAGAAUUCCAAGGAGACGAGCGAAGGGUCAUCAUCAUAUCCACUGUGCGAGCCUCAGCCGACCAGCUGGCAACUGACCAGAUUUUCAGGCUUGGAUUCUUGAGGAAUUGCAAGAGGUUCAACGUAGCUGUAACAAGAGCUAAGGCGCUGCUGAUUCUUGUGGAUGUCCAGGAUCCUUGCUCUGAUGAGUGA